AAGUACCCCUUCGACCCGAAUUAUACACACACGGAAGUGGUAUCAAAUGUGGACCUUCAGGAUCUCCGUAGAACAAUUUUGGUCGACUGGUGUUUUGAUAAAUGUAUGUUUUGUAUGUUGAAGUUAAACAAUUCAAGACGAGACCCUGUACAUCCCUCACACAUGACCCACUGAGAAGCUAUAUCCAGAGCCAUAACUCUGCAGGAGAAACUUGGGCUUUCACAAAGUGUGACCCAUGCUUUCUGAUGAGCUCGACUCCAAACCCGAGCUGCUGGUGCAGUUUGUACAGAACGCGUCCAUCCCACUGGUUCAAGGUCUGGAGGACUCAGAAUCCAAGCACUGCCUUUCCCUGUUGGCGCCCACUGAGGUCUCUCUGUGUGGCCCACUGGAGCUCACAGAUGGCCGCCUCAGCCACGAACCCGUGCGGUCCCCCACGCUGUCCCGACUUCGGCCGCGUCGGGGCAGGGUCCCUGGGGUCCAUAGUCCCUUGGGGGUCCGGUCCCACGUCUCCCAGAGUCCCCCUCCCAUCCUCCACGAGCUCCAGCAGUCGGACACCCCGUCCUACGUGCUGCUGAACCUCGCUAAAGGCCUCUCGGCCUCCUCCGAGCCGCUCAUCUUCUCGGCGGACGGGGCGGGCGAGGAGGACGACGAGGGUGGUGUCGUCGGGGACUACGGCAUUGACGGCAGCGCCCCCUGGUACCUGCGAGUGCAGGAGCUGGCCCACGACAGCCUGAUCGCCGCCACGCGCGCCCAGCUGGCCCGGGACGCCAAGGCCAGCCAGGAGGCCAGGGCCGCCGACGUCUUUCACAGUAAGGACCUUUUGGCCCUUAUCUCCUCCGCAGUUUUCUAUCGUCACACCCUCUCCCACGUAGUUUUCUAUAGAGGGUGGUGUCAGGUUCCUAUGGUCCCACCUCCCCAACCUCCCCCUCAUCAUUUUCUACAGAGGGCAAUAUUAGGGUCACCUCCUCCCCCUGAAAGAUUUCUAGAGAUGGCGAUAUUGGGGUCCCACCCUCUCCCUGGUCGUUUUCUAGAGAGUCUGAUAUUGGGGUCCCACCCCACCCUCCUCCUCAUAGUUUUCUAGAGAAGGGCGAUAUCGGGGUCCAACCGUCUACCUCGUAGUUUUCCAGAGAGGGCGAUAUAACGGUCCCGCCUUCCGCCUGAUGGUUUUCUGGAGAAGGCCUUAUCAAGGUCCCACCCCUCUCCCUCGUAGUUUUCUAGAGAAGGUGACGUCAGCGUCCCACCCUCCCCCCUCUUGGUCUUCUAGUGGGCGGGUGGCCGAUAGUUGGUGUGUCUUUAAGUGAAAUUAGGUUUCCUUAAACAGUAAUGGCUCCUCGUUAUCUGGGG